AUGCCGCAUCGUCUCGCAACUCUCUUUCAAUGGAUUCGGAUUUUGGGGCAGAGGUUUUUCUUUCAGUUUGGACUCCAUUGUGCAACACAUCAAAUUCGCGUCAUCCUCAUAUCUUGUAUUGUCAUAACCUCUCUCUUUUAUCCAGCACUCUCCAUCUACUCGUCGUCUCAGCAAAAUACGCAUGCGUUUCUAGACUCAUUCCUAUCUCCGGAGACCGUGUCUGGCUUCCAGGCGCAGAAAGAUUUGGUCAAUUUGUGGUCAGGCUAUGACACACUUCGUGUUCAUGAUGAUCCCGUAUCUCGUGCUAAAUGUCAAGUUGGACGAGCCGUUCGCGUUGAGCGUGUUCUUAUCCAGGGACCCUCGACCGACGACGAAGGAGCUAUUAACCAACACACCCUCUUAUCGGCUCUUGACCUUGAACUCCGCCUGGAGACGCUGAUUGCCGCCGGAGACUCGCCUUGCCUCAAACAACCUGACGGAAAGUGCUUCGUGCUUUCUCCCUUGGCCUUCUGGAAUUAUGAUCGGGACGCUCUGCGAUGGGACUUUAACACUCCAAAUGCACUCAGUCAUCGGCAAAACGUCACCGUGGCUGGCGUGAUUGUAACGCCAGCUAUGGUUCUUGCUGGCCGAGGGUCUUACGAGCAUCAUGUCUCCAGUUCGAAGUUCGACUACGCCACUUUCUUAGCUCUAACUUACUUCUUUCCGGAAUCCGAUUGUUUCGGAAAUACCGAACAUGCACAGUGGGUUCAAACAGUUCAACAUGCCUUUUCUCAACACGCGGAAAUAACGGUUCAGAUCCAGGAACCUACCAUCGUAGCUCUAGAGUACGAUACAAAUUUGUCAUCUAGCAUGGGCUGGUCGGCCAUCUCGGCUUUCCUCUAUCUUGCAUACAUCGGCUUCUUCGCCUACGUUGCAUGGUCCUUCCACCAGAUGGAUGCCGUGCACUCUCGUUUGGGUGUCACAUUCACAGCCUUGGUGGAAAUCGCGGUCAGUACUAUUACGUCACUUAGUGUGUGUGCACUUGUGGGCUUCAGAAUCACCAUGGUGCCUUGGGAACUGCUUCCUGUUGUCAUCAUUUUCGUCGGCGCGGAGAACAUGUUCAGCUUGGUCGAUGCAGUUGGGAAAACAUCUGUCACAUUAUCGGUCAAACAGCGAAUUGCAGAGGGACUCAGCAGAGCCGGCACAUCGAAUACUCUCAAGGUCGUCUUUUACAACGCGACCCUCGGAAUCAUCGCUGUCUUCGCCGUUGGUGCUGUACGUCAGUUUUGUGCAUUUGCCAUUGUGGUUUUGGUGGCGCAUUGGUUCCUCGCUCAUACAUUCUUCAUGGCCGUGCUCUCAAUUGAUAUUGCUCGCUUGGAGCUUGAAGAGUUACUGCGCAAGGACACCAGCCUCGCACCCUCGAUACCACCGAUUCGCAAGGAGUCGCCAAGCUUAAAACAACCUCCCUCGCCAUGGCAAAAGCUGAUGACUGGUACUCAAAGCAUUCUGAAAGGUCGCGCGGCAACUAACAUCAGUCUCUUAAUGCUUUUAGCGAUCACGGCGACGCUAUACUACUCCACAUACACCGCAACCUCGUCUACAGUUCAAGCCGCUCGUCAUAUCAAGCGUCCCAGCAUCAGUAACGGCAGGCUCUCCAACGUAGGGCCUAAUAAGACCUCUGCUGCUUGGCAAAUAUGGCAACUGCUCAAUCCUAAUCAAGAGUCCCUGCUCCAUCUUCGCAUAGAAAUUCCCACUGUUGUUACAUUCAGUCCAAAACUUGACAAUACUAGCUCGCCAAAAAUUCACCGACCUCGUUUUUCGAUGCGAACCUUCCGAUUCAUACUCUGGCUUUUGAAGGUCAUGGUUCUCCCCAUUGCCGCUACAACUAGUAUUUUGUGGGGUUUAUUGCUUUAUCUUUUGAAGAAUACCGAACUACUGGAAGCUCAACGAAACAGAGGAGACAUUUUUACUCCAACUAACAAGGAGGAAUCAUCUUUGGAGGGACGUAUAUCCUUCUCAACACUUCCACGUGCCUUUGCCAGUGAUGUAGAACUCAUCGCUGCAAGCAAGGAUGGUCAGGUCGUAAUCUCUGUCGGCAUUCACAACGAGAUUAUCAUCUGGCGGACUGAUACACAGUCGCAUAUUUCUAUAGACGCUACAGAGGUUUUGCCGCGUGCAGCGAGCAGUUCAUCCGCAGCUGCAACAUUGACUUGUGUCAACAUCGAUGAUAAAGGAGAUCAUUUUGGUGUGGGCACGGGGACCGGGAUUAUCUCGGCAUGGUCGAUGGAGGGAAAUCAAAUCCGCUCCUUUCCACCGCUGGCCUUGCCUAAUUCCUCCGCUGGUGUCACGGAGAUUCAAUUUGUGACAACCCUUGGACAAACUCCCUCUCCACCAGGACGCAAACCGUCUGAAUCCCCACUCACUCUUCUAGCAACAUAUGAGAAUGGUGCAGCAACACGGUGGUCAAUUGGAGAUCAUCCUACGGUAACAUACUUCACAACAUCGCACAACGCUUCAGUCAUCCGAACGUCCCUGCUGCACGUCCUGCCAGAUGAUCGCAUUUUGGUUGCAUUUUGUUUGAACGAUGGAACACUUGAUCUCGUGGAGAUAGGCGAAUUUGAAUCUGCGCUCUCGCCGGGAUUCCAUAUCCAGCCAGGGAAUCCGUUCGAUGUGGUUUGGAAGGUACACGCGUGCGAGGCUCAGCUCAGCGGACGUACCCGGCUCGUUCUCGCUACUGCGACCGAAGCUGGGACGGUAUCCCUUUGGGAUGGACAUACGGGCGAAUGCAUCUCGAUUCUGGAAGAAUCCAAUGGGAUGGUGAAUCAUCUGCGUAUUUCGCCAGUGCUUUGCGAGACCUGCCAUUUUUGUGGUCAGCUUCCCAUGGAGAGUCUCUCCGUGGCAUUUUCAGUCGACCAUGUCGUUAGGGUUUUCAAGUUGUAUCUGAACGAUCAGUUCCGAAGAUGUACAUGCGCACAUAGUCAACUUCACCGCAUGUCUUCUCGGGAGAGUCUGGGUCGGAGGUCGCGCAGUGGCAGCAAUGCUGCAAUCUCUCACAAAAGUUCUCCCGUGGCCUCACGAGCCAGGCUUGCCACGGCGUUUGAAACAUCUUCGUUCCCUGUCUCUGGGCACGGCGUACAUUCCCGACGGGCAUCAGAAAAGGACACUGGUCGACGAUCGUCAGAACAACUCACACUACCCUUGGCCGGGGACGACUAUGAUGCCUCAAAUGGCUCAGUGACACCUACGAAUCCCUCAUCCUUUUGGCGGAACGCAAUCAUCGCCCAGUUGGCGGAUAUCACCUGUGAACGAGGUGGAUGGGAUGUAACCACUGCAAAGUUUGUUGGCAUUCGACGUAAACCUCGUCAACAAGGAAAAUUAAAAGGGGGAACGACAAUACCAAUGAAACUUGCUCCAUCAUCUCAUGGACUGACAACUGCCACUUUGGAUCGAUGGGAAUUGUGGACGUACGAUCCUUCCGUUGCAUUGUUGCGCAGUUCAAUACUUUCUUCGUUGGCUUUGAAACCUCCAGAAACACCGUCAACAAUUCCUCUCUCAUCAAUGCCACCAAUAUCAGGAGAGUGCAUCGCCCGCCUACCAUUCACUCGUGUUGCACCCCUCCUCAUAUCUCCUUCACAUGCCCUUGCUGGGUUUGGGAACACCGUUGGAGUCUUCAAUUUCGCUGAAUCAUGA